AUGGCAGCUACAACUUGCUAUAACUUUAAAAAGACCACUGUCGUUCCGUCUGCUAAGGACUUUGUCGAUAUCAUUUUAUCCAAGACUCAAAGGAAGACGCCAACGGUGGUUCACAAACAUUAUCAAAUUGGUCGAAUUCGACAAUUUUACAUGAGAAAAGUCAAGUUUACUCAACAAAAUUGCCAUGAUCGCUUGAGCCAGAUUCUAAAUGAUUUCCCCAAGCUAGAUGAAGUCCAUCCAUUUUAUGCAGAUCUUAUGAAUAUCCUUUACGAUAAGAAUCAUUAUAAGCUUGCUCUUGGCCAAUUGAACACUGCAAUGCAUUUGAUAGACAAUGUUGCUAAAGAUUAUGUUCGAUUACUAAAAUAUGGGGAUUCCCUGUACCGAUGUAAACAAUUAAAGAAAGCAGCCCUAGGAAGAAUGUGUACUAUCCUUAAAAGACAAAAUCAGAGCCUACAAUACUUAGAACAAGUGAGGCAGCAUUUAGCACGACUCCCGACCAUUGAUCCCAAUACAAGAACUAUCCUUAUCUGCGGAUUUCCUAACGUUGGUAAAUCUAGUUUUAUCAACAAGAUAACUCGAGCUGACGUUGAAGUUCAACCUUAUGCUUUCACGACCAAAUCUCUAUUUGUUGGACAUAUGGAUUAUAAAUAUCUUAGAUGGCAGGUUGUAGAUACACCUGGGAUUUUAGAUCAUUCUCUAGAACAAAGGAAUGCUAUAGAAAUGCAGGCAAUUGCUGCGCUUGCACAUUUACGUGCCGCUGUUUUAUAUAUUAUGGAUAUCUCUGGACAAUGUGGACAUAGUAUAGAGGAACAGAUUGGACUAUUUCGUAGUUUGCAGCCCUUAUUUAGCAAAAAGCCAAUAUUAAUUGCCCUAAAUAAAAUCGAUAUUAUUGGAGUGACAGAUUUAUCCGAUGAUGUUAAGACUCAACUUCAAAGUCUCACUACUGAAGGAAUUGACUUACUUCCAAUGAGCACAGUAACCGAGGAAGGUCUUUUUGACGUUAAGAAAGAGGCUUGUGAAAGACUGCUAGCACAGCGCAUAGAAGUCAAGCUAAAAUCGCGAAGAGUAAAUGAUAUCAUUAAUCGGGUUCAUGUUGCCACCCCAGUUCAGAGAGAUGAUAAAGACCGUCCUGUGUUCAUUCCGGAUUCAGUAAAGGAAAAGAAAGCUAUCGAUGAUUCGAUUAGCAAAAAAAAGCUUAUGCGUGAUUAUGAAGAAGAGCUAGGAGAUGAUUACAUUUUAGAUUUAAAAAGGGAAUACGACUUAAAGAAUGAAGAUGAAAAGUAUGAUAUCGUACCCGAAAUAUACGAAGGGAAAAAUAUUGCAGACUUUAUUGAUCCUGAAAUUAUGGAAAAAUUAGAAAGUUUGGAAAGAGAAGAGGAACUAAGAGAAGCUGCCGGAAUAUACGAUGACGAAAUUGACGAAGAUGACGAUGAAUAUACUGAGAUCAAAAAGAAAGCAGAUCUUAUUCGAAGUAAGAAAAAGCUGCUAGCGUUAAAAAAUCGCGAAAAGAAAUCUAGGAAUAAGCCUACAAUGCCUCGAAGAAAGAUACAGGCUACUCGGUCGCGACUGGACAAAUUUCAAAAUAUGGAUGAAAUGGAAUCAAUGGAUACUUCUACUGAAGCUAAUGCAGUGUCACGAAAGCGACAAUCGCUAUCGAAGGAAAUCAUGCAGCGUAAGCGUAAGGCAUCACGAAGUGUUACUCGCAGCCAAUCACGACCACGUGAUGAAUCGGCCUUUGCAAAUCCUUCACAAAAGGCAAGGGCGAGAAUAUUAACUAAGAAAUCUCAAAAGAAAAUUAGGUUUGGGGCUCUGAAAGGUGAAAGUGAUAGAGCUAUUCCCGAUUUGAAGCCUAAGCAUUUAUAUUCCGGUAAGAGGAAGCAAGGAAAGACAUCUAGAAGAUAA